UCUGACCGGUUAUGGUCAAUAGAAUUGAGAGGUUUCUUCUUUUGUAUAUUCCCUAGGACCGGUUCAUGAAAUGUAGGACAGGAAAUAUAGAACACAUUAUUCAAAUGGAAAUAUAACCACAAUUUUAUUUCAUCAAAUUUGAAAAGAAUAAUGAUAAAAAUUAUAAAUUAAUUUUUGUUCUUAAAUAUUUCAAAUAUUAUUCUAAUUAUACCAUAAACUAUCCUCGAACCAUUUCAAACUCACCGACAGUAAAUAAUCAUUUUCCGAAGUUUAUAGUUUAUCAUGAUUAUUAUCUAAUAUAAAAAUACAUAGAAACAUACAAAAAUAAGUUAUUGGAAUAUUUUUUCCUAGAAUAAAGAUAGUAUUUGUUAUUUUGUUUUUAUAGUCACCAAUAUAUUUUUCUUUGAUGUUAGCUUCAAUACUUUCAUUAUCUUUUCUAUAACAACUAUAUUUAUUUAUUCUUAUAAUGUCAAAUUACAUAAAGUACAAACAAUAACAAGAAAACAAUGAAUUCCAUAACUAAUAUGAAGGAACACCACCAAUACAUUUGACCAUGAUUUUUCAUCAGAGGCCAUACAUGUCAUCCGAGCAUCAACCAGGUAAAUUUUCAUUAGUUCACAUUUAAAAUUCUCAUUUUUCCUUCCACCAAAAAUAAUAACAGUAUUAUUUUAAACGGAAAAUUUAAAUUGUUUUGUCUAUUUUCUUUACCAACGCAUAUCGAAGCCUCUCUCUCUCUCUCUCUCCUUCAUUUCGCACGAUUUCUGUCUGGCAAUGCUGUUUGUUUCAAUGGCGACCUCAUUUUCUAUUCAUUGAUGCCACAAAAGUCCUCGAAGAAAACUUCCACCUCGCCUAGGGUCCAGAAACCGAAUCAUCAUGGGUCUCUGUUUCUCCUCCGCCAAGGUCUCCGGCCGCCGAAACCACAGCCCCCGGAGCCCCAAUCCCAACCCCCUCACCGUCGCUAAACACAGACCGCCACAAACUCCAUGUUCAUUCUUGGCCGUUACGAUCCAAAAAGACCACAGGACCCAACCGCGACGAUCCCCAGCGACGACCAAGAAAACGCCGCCGCAGACGCAAACGCAAACGCGACAGACGCCACCGCACGGGAAGGGUAGAGAGAAGGGUGGGAAUAAUAAUAAUAAUAAUAAUACUAAUAAAGGGAAGAGACACGGAGAAGCGAUCCCUUACGGUAAGCGAGUUGAUUUCGGGUACGCCAAAGAUUUUGAUAACCGUUACACCAUCGGGAAACUGCUCGGAUAUGGUCAGUUCGGUUAUACGUAUGUCGCUACGGAUAAAAAGACAGGAGAUCGUGUCGCAGUCAAGAAAAUCGACAAGGCCAAGAUGAGGAUUCCCAUAGCUGUGGAAGAUGUGAAGAGAGAGGUGAAGAUACUGCAAGCUUUAACUGGUCAUGAAAAUGUAGUUCGGUUUUACAAUGCCUUCGAGGACAAGAACUCUGUUUACAUUGCCAUGGAGUUAUGUGAGGGUGGUGAAUUGCUGGAUCGGAUAUUAGCCAAGAAAGAGAGUCGUUAUAGCGAAAGAGAUGCGGCCGUGGUAGUGAGACAGAUGCUAAAAGUUGCAGCUGAGUGUCAUCUGCGUGGUUUGGUCCACAGAGAUAUGAAACCAGAGAAUUUUCUGUUCAAAUCAACUGAAGAAGAUUCACCUCUGAAAGCUACAGACUUUGGUUUAUCAGACUUCAUAAAACCAGGGAAGAAGUUUCAUGAUAUUGUCGGGAGCGCGUAUUACGUAGCACCUGAAGUGCUGAAACGCAGGUCAGGACCAGAAUCAGAUGUGUGGAGUAUCGGUGUUAUCAGUUAUAUACUUCUCUGCGGGAGACGGCCUUUUUGGGACAAGACUGAAGAUGGCAUUUUCAAAGAGGUCUUGAAGAACAAACCUGAUUUCAGAAGAAAACCGUGGCCAACCGUUAGCAACAGCGCCAAAGAUUUUGUUAAGAAGUUGUUAGUGAAAGACCCGAGAGCCAGAUUAACAGCUGCACAGGCCCUAUCACAUCCAUGGGUUAGAGAAGGAGGAGAUGCAAGUGAGAUUCCCAUAGACAUAUCUGUUCUUAACAACAUGCGUCAGUUUGUUAAAUUUAGCCGCCUCAAGCAAUUCGCUUUAAGGGCUCUUGCAACAACGCUUGACGAAGAAGAGUCUGCUGAUCUUAGAGACCAGUUUGAUGCCAUUGAUGUUGAUAAAAAUGGCGCCAUUAGCCUUGACGAGAUGAGGCAGGCUCUUGCAAAAGAUCAUCCUUGGAAGCUUAAGGAUGCACGAGUCGCGGAGAUUCUUCAAGCGAUUGAUAGCAACACCGAUGGAUUUGUGGAUUUCGAAGAGUUUGUUGCUGCUGCGUUACACGUAAAUCAAUUAGAGGAGCAUGAUUCUGAGAAAUGGCAACAGAGAUCAAGAGCAGCUUUCGAGAAAUUCGACAUAGAUGGAGAUGGAUUCAUAACAGCAGAGGAACUUCGAAUGCAUACUGGCUUGAAAGGGUCCAUUGAGCCACUUCUUGAAGAAGCAGACAUUGAUAAUGAUGGUAAAAUCAGUCUCCAUGAGUUCCGUAGACUUCUGAGAACUGCAAGUAUCAAAUCAAGAAAUGUUAGAAACCCUCCUGGUUAUCUUGUUUCUCGGAAAGUCUAAAAGAAGUUUGCAGUCUUAUGGUGAGGAAAGAAAAAAAACAAGAAUCAAGAAAUUUUUUAUCCCUUGUGUAGAAAAAGAAAGAUAGGGAUUGCAGUGUUUUCAUGUGUUGUUGUAACAUAUUUUCAUAUUAUUUUUUUAUAACCAUUGACAAAGAAAUCGAUAUUCAUACAACCAAUUAGCGCAAUGUAAUGAUGAAAUUAUUUGUUUGUGU